UAUGCCAUCGCCCUAUUCUCGCCAACCAUCAUCAACGAGCUUGACUACUCUGCUGUGAAUGCCCAGCUACUCUCAGUCCUGCCAUUUGCUGCUGGCUGUAUCGGAACAAUCAUAUUUGGCAUCUAUUCUGACAAGCACAAUAUUCAUGGUCCGUACAUCAUUGGUGGCGCGCUUGUUUCUCUUGUGGGAUACAUCUUGCUAUAUUGCAGCGUACGAGCGGGCCCG